UUUAUCUCUUCUCCCUUCUUACUUCCGAUCAAAAACUCCACCGGUGUCUACCGGUACCGGAGAUUGUUUCUCAUCAGAGUUACCGAUGAUUGAUGGGAUUGUCUUCUGUAAUUGAUACAUUGAUUGCUGCAAGCAAGACUACUUCCCAAGCUAGAGGGGAAACACGUUUUUGGUUUUUCUUUUGGGUUUCUGAUUCUUCAACUCUCGUUGUUAGUAGUCUGGGAUUAACUGAAGAAGAAGAAGCCAUGGAAGACUCUUCCCAGGGGAGUUUUGUUACAACCAUAAACGAAGAUUAUGAAUCAGUUUGCUGGGGCUGUGGGCUAAACCUUGUUCUUCCAUCAUACGCCCCUGUUUUCAAGUGUGGCUGGUGUGGCGCAAUCACGAAUCACAAUCCUGUCAGACCUGAAACCAGACGCUUUGUGUUGAGACGUAUCCGUGACCGCUGUUUCGUCGCUAUUCUUGCUGUUUUCAUGCUCUUUGUCAUAUGUGGUGGGAUUUGGGCAGCGUACCCGGUCGUGUUUUCGAUCAGCUUGGUGUGCGAGAUUUUCCAUUCUGUUAUAGCAGUGACUCUGGGGAUAUCAACGUUAUCUACAUUCAUGGUUGUUGCUUUUAAAUGCGCGGGGAAACCGAUUGAUAUUGUUUAUGGAACCCACCCUGGAGUAGGGAACGGCGCACUUAACAACUACACCUUUUGUCACACCUGCUCCAAACCAAAGUCACCUAGAACCCAUCACUGUCGCACUUGUGGCAUGUGUGUCCUCGACAUGGAUCAUCAUUGCCCCUUUAUUGGUAACUGUGUUGGUGCGGGUAAUCACAAAAACUUCAUCGCCUUCCUUAUCUCGGCCAUUAUAAGCACAAGCUACGCUUCUGUUAUGUGUGUGUAUUCCCUGAUUCAUAUCUUGCCAACCAUAGAAACUGGAGCAGCGUAUGCAUCACAUGCUAAUAGUGUAUCGAUUCUGAGAGGGGUGAAGAGUAUCGUGCUUGCUUACAUAUCCAAUGAUAUCUUCAUCUCUCUUCGAGGCUUUGUUUUAUUGUACCUCUUUGUGGCGAGUGUUUCAGUGGCCAUUGGGUUAAGUGUUUUGCUAUGGCAACAGCUUAGCUAUGUCUACGAAGGCAAGACUUACUUAAGCCAUUUAGGUUCUCAAGGAAGCGAGGAAGAUGGUGAAAAGAGCUGCGGGAAUCUUUUGACAUUUUUUGGAUGUCCACUUUCGAUUGAAAGGCACUUGCCAACUAUAAGGAACUUGAGGAAGAGACAUAAGACAUGAGUAAAAAGAGGAGAAUAGUGAGUCAAUGUUUCAACAUCUGCAGCUUGGUUUUGGUCAUUCGGAAUCAUCAAUUAUAUUUGCUAACAAGUAAUGAAGAUGAGCAAAGUUUGUAUCUAUCUCAUAUGUGAAAACUAAUGUUCAUAGAAUAUAGUAAAUUUUGUUUUCCA